AUGGCCUUCCGCAAGUGUGAUAUUUCAAGCAAAUAUGCUAUUGUUGCCGCAUCCGCUGAGCUCAGUCAUAUUGGCCUAAUCACUCGAAGCAAGUUCAAGGCUAACUAUAGAGGUGUUGAAGACAAAGACCUUCAAAUCGCUCAACUCAUGAACAAAUUAGAGGUUUAUACACCUAGAGAGUCGAGCCAUGUCCCUCCUCGUUCACCUGUCUUCACCUCCCAGAAAACAGUUGUUGAGGAAUCAUUUGCAAAGUUAAACAUUCAAAAAGAAAAUCAAUCUACUUCAGUUGCAGUGUUAUCUGUCCAACAAUUGCAAGACAUGAUAACAAACACCAUCAGAACUCAAUAUGGCGUACCAUCGCAAAGUUUGUUGUACUACUCUAAGCCUUAUACUAAGAGGAUUGAUUGUUUAACCAUGCCAACCAAUUAUCAACCACCAAAGCUGCAUCAAUUUGAUGGCAAAGGGAACCCAAGGAAACAUAUUGCCCACUUUAUCGAGACUUCUAGCAAUGCUGGAACGCAUGGUGACCUUUUGGUAAAACAAUUUGUUCGUUCUCUGAAAGGGAAUGCAUUUGACUGGUAUAUUGACUUGGAGCUCGAGUCCAUUGAUAGCUGGGAGCAACUUGAGAAGGAAUUCCUCAAUCGUUUUUACAGUACCCGAAGAACUAUAAGCAUGAUAGAGUUGACAGGCACCAAGCAAAGGAAGAACGAGACCGUGGUGGAUUACAUUAAUCGUUGGAGGGCGUUAAGUUUGGAUUGCAAAGACUGCCUUUCAGAAAUAUCUGCUAUGGAGAUGUGCAUUCAAGGAAUGCACUAG